AUGCGUCUUGGUCGCGAUGAUAAGAGGCUCUCCAUAGGCCUUCUGUACUCCGCGAACGGGUCGCACCGCUUCAAGCCCAUUGUCGUGACGCGGGAUCGUGAGCCGUUGAGGCUGGGCUCCGAUGUGAAGGGCGAUGAGUGGGUGUACAUCCGCCGUACUCGCCCUGGGCGUAUCACACCCGAGUUCAUGCUAGGCCUCAACGCAACCAAGUUCGCCGAAGACCGCAACAUCGUCAUCCUGGUGUCUUCUUGUAGGCAUCUGCUGACGUGGGGAGAGGGCAAGCGUGAGACCGAUGGGCCUUUCAUUCUUGACCACCUCACAAACACGCGUAUCGUGCAGCUCCACAAGGCUGUGCCGGACAUGGGGAACCCAGUGCUGCAGGGCAUCGCUGCGUUCUUCAAGUCCGAGUUUCGCACUAUGUGGUUGGACUUCCAGACGCAAGGUCUGACACGCGUGCCCCCAGCAUGGAUGUGGUACGGGCGCGCUCCAUCAGCCGCGAACACACUGCAGUGGACGUACGACUCUAUGUGGGGGGUGGCGACUUCCCACAUUGAGCUCACAUUCUGGCGUACUGGGUGCGUCCCUGACGCUUGGGUGUCACAGCUACACGCUAUCAACAGCGACAUGCACGUGGAGAUCAUAGAGCAGCUUGUUGCUAGCCUCCUCGGCUUGCAGUGGAAGCUCGACGGGUUGGACAUGCCCGACUCAGUUCUGGAAGCGAUAGAGUACGUGACGUGGGAUGAUGAGGUGGACAUGGAUAUGGCCGAAGCCGUCGCUGUGCAUGAUAGCCGUCGGGUGGAGGGCGCGCGCAAUGUCGGCACCGUCUCAUGGGACGAGAGGACUCGUCGCAGGGUACUGCGUAUGGCAUCCGACGCGUACACAAGGCACGCCAAUGUGAACGGGGUGUCUGCACGUGACGUUGUCACGUUCAAGCGUCUGGGGAACGCGGACCUCGUAGACCGCCUCGUGCGGACCCCGGAGAAGAAGCCUCGCAGGCUGUUACGCACCGCCUUCUUCAACGUCUACGUCGGCCACCAAGGAAUUAUGCUUCCACUCUCCCAGAGCCUCCAUGAGCAGCGUCAAUGA